AUGGAGUUUGUCCAAAACGUCGUCGAGAGCUUCUCCUCCGGCGGUGGUCGCCGAGAAGAAGUCGUCGAAGAGCGACAGGAAUACUAUUCCAGCGGCCCCGGCGGCCCUGGUGGUCCCCCUCCGGUCCCUCGUCCUUGGGUUGCGCGCUGGGCCGAGCAAGAACGGGCUUGGUUCUACAUCAACGAAGAGACCGGUGAAAGACGUUGGGAAGCGCCUUACGGUGGUGGUAACGGUGGAGGAUAUUACGGGGAGGGUCAACGCGGAUAUGAACAGAGUACCUAUGUGCAGGAAGAUACUUAUGUGCGGGAAGAGCCUCGCAAAGAUCAUACCUUCGCUUACGGUGCCGCGGGUGUGGCGGCCGGUGUUCUCGGAGGAGCUGUUCUAGGUUAUGAAGGAGAGAAGAUCCACAACGCCUGGGACAGAGAAGAGGAUCGUAUUGAAGAGCGUGUUGAAGACUUUCCUGAAAAUGCGGCUGAAUGGACCGGCGAAAAGGUCGGAGAAGUCGAAUAUGAAGCCGAUAGAAUCAAGAACGACGUGGAGGACUUCCCUGAAAACGCUGCCGAAUGGGUCGGAGACAAAGUGGGACGUGUUGAGCGAUUCGGUGAUGAGGUCGAUUAUGCCUAUGAUGAAGGCAAAGCCGAAGGCAGGGAUGGAUGGUGAUGAGCUGAGCGGAUUGAAUCCUUCAUGUAUGAAUCCGGUUCAUAUUUGGAUACUGAAUAUCAACAAUGGAACCACAGCCUCGGCAUUAAGAAGCGGUAUAUGAAAUUGUAGGAUUCAUGCAGUGCCUAGGUACAUCCUUCGU